AUGAGCGUGCCGGCGGCUACUGAGGCCAUAGACCACCUGCCGCUGGCGGCAGCUGGUUUCACCAAGGCAACGCUGCAGGCCGCCUGCGAAUUCUUGGCGAAAGCGGACCCAAAGCUGGCGCCCCUCAUCGAGCAGCACGGCCCGCCAGAGCACCUGCUGCGCAAGACUGGCAGCAACUUUGCCACGCUUGCCAAGGCAAUCGCUUUCCAGGCAAGCUGGGGAGCUCAAUUGGCCACCAACGCGGCCGCUGCCAUCUACAACCGCGUGCUGGCGGCUUGCAGCUGCACCGACACGCUGACACCCGAGGCGCUGCUGGCGGCGCCCGCUGGGGCGCUGCGUGCGGCUGGGCUGUCCGAGAGAAAGGCCGGCUACAUGGCUGACCUGGCGCGCCACUUCAGCGAUGGCCGCCUGUCUGACGACAAGAUUGGGGCGAUGGAGGAGGCGGAGCUGGAGGAGGCGCUCAUGCCAUGUUUCAUCUCGGGUCGCCUGAUGUUCUGCCCACCGGAGCUGCCCAGCCCUACCGCCAUGGAGGCGGUGGCAGAGAGCUGGCGCCCCUACAGGUCCCUGGGCACAUAUUUCAUGUGGAAGGUGGACGUGCCGCGCUCCUCUCCAGGCAAGAGCAAGAAGGCAAAGAAAAAGGAGACGUGA